AUGAAACGACUAUUCACCUUAGAACGAAAUGGUCCUUGGGACCAUUUGGAUUUUGCCUUUCAGUUUUCCAUGGGUAUAUACGAGACACGGUAAGCAGAUAUACGUAAACGAUAUACAAAGCCGGAGAUAUAAAUGUAACGCAUAAAUAUUUAAACCCCUCCCGCCCUCCCCCCGCUCCCUUCAGCUACGAUUUAUUUGCAACGUAUUGCUUUCUUAGGUAAAGCCUGGAUUUCUCGAGUAAAGAAUUUUAAAGACGAGGAUAUAAAAUUUCUCGAAAGAUAAAGAAAGAGAUUGUAAAAGAUUCUAAAUGAUACAUUCGAAGCAAAUUAAUUUAAAGAGAGAAAUUUCGUAUUAAGAACUUUAAUUAUUAAGUCAUUUUCUUCGAGUGUUUCUUAAAUUAUUCUUAUUUGUUUCUUCAAUUAUUUAAAGAGAGAUUCUUUUCGAAACGUUGAACAUUGCAAACGAUCAGCUCCAAGUAUCAAGGAAACUUAUGACGGCAAUAUGUACCGAGAGGAAAAACUGUGAAUACUCCGGAACAAUGAAUACUCUUUCGAAACGAGGACCGGAAAAAGAAAAGGCCACGAUGAAGUGUCGAGUGGCACGUCAGAAGUCGCAGUGUGAGAUUGAUGAGACCGUUCUGCGACUCUCGAGUUCGUGUACACACGAGCAACUUCGCUUGGAUACACUUUCGGAUCGUCCAGGAAAUAUUUAA